AUGGAGGGGCUCUACUUGAAGGCGUCCAGACUGCUCAGAAAUGACGAGAUCGAGUUUGGCUUUCAUAUCAGAUCGCAGAAGACCAAGAGGGGGUACUUGACCAUGGUUAGCUCAGUUGACCAGAACUCGCCUGCCGAGUCUGCUGGGCUUGAAGAAGGAGAUUUCAUCAUCGAAAUAAAUGGUGUUUCUGCGAUCGGUCUACGCAAUAAAUCAAUUGUCAGCCUUGUCAAGAUGUUUCGAUAUCAUGUUAUAUUUGUUACGUUUUCUUGCGACUUCCUCAAUCAAAUUGACUUCAACAAACUUGACGAUCUUCCUGUCCAUCAUGUCUGGAAAGCUUGGUCACCUUUUGGAGCCCCUCGAAAUAUCAGAAUUCAGCUCACGGACGAUUUCCCUUUCGAGGCCUUCAGAAAUCAGCUGGAUAGCAAUCUUCGCUUCGAAGAAUCAUCAGAUGGAAUCAACAAGGGAGAUCGAAUCAUCCUCCUAAAUGGCAAGAGAAUCCGAUCGAAAGAACGGUUGCGGGACAAAAUCGCUGAGGAAGUUGAUUUUAUCGCUACAGAAUAUGAUAAAGUCAUUGAUAGAGGAUCAGAAAAUGUGUUCAAAGAUUUGGAGCUUGAUAUCAAGGAGGAUUUAGCCAUUUAUAUGGAAAUACCGAAAAUGUCGCUCGCCGCAGAUAAAGCCAGAAAAGAGAAAAAACAACGAUCAGAAAAGGAUGCAACUUGCCAGAUAAAUUUAAAAGAAGAAAAUGGAAUUUCAAAGAACAUCGAGAAAAACAAAGAAUUGGAUUUGCUGAGGCAAGAAAUUUCAAAAUUGAAGCAAGAAAAGAAAAAGAUGAAAAUUGAUUAUGAAUACGAAACCGGCUUUCUAAAAGGCAAAAACGAAGCAAUAAUGGAACAUUCUAAAAUGAUUCAAAACAAGUAUAGUUCACUUCAUUCGCGUCUUGAAGAGCUGCAGACGAGGGAGCACAAAUCAAAACUGCUUCUUUCGGAAAUGAACCAGGCGCUGGAAAAAACUACGCAUGACGCUUACAGUCUGAAACCAACUCGUCCUCCUCCUCGAUCAAAAUCACCAUCUACCUCGGAGCACUCUUUCGUUACCGCUUGA